AUGUUUACUACAAAGCCAUCAGUUGAUUUCAGAGCAGCAAAUGAUUCAACUAGAAUAGACUUGAACAAAGGUGAUUCACGUUUAACACCAGCAACAUUUGUUAGCUAUGCACCGUCAGCAGGAUAUGGUGAACCACUACCCUGGGAUAUCGUUGACUGGCAAUUGAAUAAUGAUGGAUUUGAAAAGUUAUGGAGUAGUCAAAACUCAAAUGUAAUUCCAAGUAUAUCUGCGAGUAUCAAAGCAACUAUCGACCCUACAGAUAUACUUGUUGAUGCUGUUCAUAAUUUCCAUCCUAAUUAUCGUCAUUAUACUCAGACACAAAUGGAUGAAGACAGUUGA